CAAAUAACCAGUGUUUUGAUAAGACCAUGAUUAUGGGUCUGCACUUCAACUUGUAUUCCAGUUUUACGAAAGAUUUUAUGUCAUGUAAGUACUUAGACUCGAUAUGCAUUCAUUUAAUAUUUUACAAAAACUUGGAAAAGGAACAUUUGGAACCGUCUAUUUGUGCGAAAGGAAACACAACAAGCUCAAAGUUGUCGUCAAAGAAGUAAACUACGACUUAAAUGGCGAACAAAUGGCGAGUGCCAAAAACGAAGUUGCAAUUUUAAAAUGUCUGAAGCAUCCCAAUGUUGUGCUGUAUUUUGAUAGCUUUGUGUCCGACAAUAUCUUCUAUAUAGUGAUGGAGUAUGCGACCAAAGGUAGCUUAUACGAUUUUAUAAAACGAAAUAAACCAAAUCUUUUAUCACAGCAGACCGUACUAAAUUACUUUUGCCAAAUAUUGAAUGGCCUGCAUCAUAUUCACUCCAAAAAUAUAAUUCAUCGCGACCUAAAAGCGGAAAAUAUAUUUUUGACUGGGUUACAAGCAGAUGUGGUAAAAAUUGGUGAUUUCGGAAUUUCAAAAAUUCUUCAAAACGAAACAAAAACCCAAACUUUUAUUGGAACUGCAAAUUAUUUAGCUCCAGAAAUGUGUCACGGUAAACCUUACAAUACAAAAUCGGACAUUUGGUCACUUGGAUGCAUUCUGUACGAACUUUGUGCUUUAGAGCGUAUGUUUGAUGGACCGGUAGCCAAUGUAGUAUACUCUAUUUCAACUGGAAGAAAAAAAUUAAUUAAUUCAUCUCUAUACGAGACCGGAGUACAAUAUUUGGUGGAGGUAAUGCUACAACUGGAACCGGCAAAUCGACCCGACACUGUCAGCUUAAUGAAAUUUCCAGUUCUGCUUCAAACAAUGUACACCCUAGGAGUUACUUUAGGUUGCAUCAAAUUUUAAAUGUUAAUUGUAUUUAAAUUUUAUUAGAAUCGCUUCACAACCAAAGUGGCGCAAAAUAAACAAUUAUUAGAACUCA